UCUGGUGAUUACUGGGGGAUUUACUUUGCCUUGCCAGCACCUCUACUGUCAGUAAGACCCUUCAUUUAUCACAAAAUUCUCAAGACGUCUCUCUCCUCCCUUUUCUUACUUGUCUUAUCGAAAAAGAAAGACACACAGACGACGAAAUAAAAAAAGGGGGUUUGAUACAUUCGAAAGGAGCCAGCCAGAAUCUUUCUUUUUCACGGCAACAUUCGCAAUUAUCGACGCAGAACAAGGGAGCUGGGCCGGUGUAGUAGACUCAGCAGUAAUCAAAGACUUACCACGUGGGAAAAGUUUGAAGAAAUACGCGAAACUGUAUUAAUCUUUAAUGACUGUCAUAGUCUUUCAUCAUCUAGUUCCUAUUACUUAGCUGGUGGCGGCUGAUUUCAAUAGAGAGCGCAUCAAUCCGUUACCAUGGUAACUGGCUACACUCAUUAUUAUCCAUUGAUAGUGAAAAUUAUCACGAAAAAGUAUCAAUGCAUCAAGUAAAAAAAAGAAAGGAAAACGGGAAGAAAAACUGUCAGCAUCGUCUCUGGCAAUUAGCGGAGUGUGUUUGGAGCGUCAGUCAUUCGGCGCAAUAUCCGGAAAAAGAGAAGUUUCGGGCCAAGGAGAAGAAAGAAAGAAAGAGGACGGACGAGCAUACGGAGCGGACGAACUGAGUGAAAGGGAGAGUACAGAGAAAACAUAUUGACCAACCACGCUUUUCAUCACUCUAGCUCUUCCAGGCUACGUGAGUAGAUCGGUAAAUGUGUUUGUGCCGUAGCUUUGUUUGCUAGGUCUCCGGUUCAGUCACCACUGUGACCCGAAUGUAAAGGUGCGGCUGAAGAAGCCACUUAAAGUCUCGCCUCACGAUCGCCUGGCUGCACAUUCGUCUAUCGGCUACGGUUGGAGGAUAACGUGUGAUGUUGAACGCACCACGAUUUCUGAUAGUCGCUCUACUCGCAGUGUCUAGUCAUGAAGCACACGUAGAGGGACCGAUAUUUCUCAAUGAACCACCACAUCGUUUGGACUUUUCCAAUUCAUCCGGUGGAGAACUUAGAUGUCGUGGAGAUGGAAAACCAACUCCUAUAGUGAGAUGGGUUAAACAGAACGGAGAUCCCGUUAACGAAAUAAGUAGAUUGAGGGUGUUAAAAGCAGAUGGGACAUUAAUUUUUAGACCGUUUCGUCCAGAGGAUUAUCGUGCUGAUGUUCACGAUACCAUUUAUCGCUGUCUUUUAUCAAACAUCGUAGGUACUAUUGGAAGCAGGGACGUUCACGUUCGUGCAGUAAUCUUGCAGAAUUAUGAGAUCAGAUCCUUCGACGAAUUUGUUCUUAGAGGCAACAUGGCAGUGCUCAGGUGUCCUAUCCCUAGUUUUGUCAGCGAUUAUGUUCGUGUAUCCCAUUGGGAAAGGAAUGACAGUUUCUUUAUAACUCCCACGACAGGAGACGGUCGAUACGGAAUAUUUAAUAAGGGAGAUUUAUAUAUAAAAAAAGUGGACAACAGAGAUAGUUCCUACAGUUUUAGAUGUCAUACAGAGAAUAUUCUCACAGGAGAAAAAAAGAGCAGUAUAAAAUAUUCAAAAGUCAUAGUUACAGAACCCCAUCACAGCCAGCUGCCCAGGAUUAUUUCUCGAAGCACUAAACUAACUGUACCUGUUCGGCAGUCCCAAGCCAUUUUGGUGUGUAUUGCCCAAGGGUAUCCACUUCCUACUUAUCGUUGGUAUAAGGAACAAGGGGGACUUACUCCUGCAGAAAUCAAUCAAAGGAUUAGACAGGAGGAUGGUGUAUUGCUCAUCCAAAGAGUUAUGCCAGAGGACAGUGGAAAAUAUGUUUGUGUUGUCAGCAAUAGCGUGGGAGAAGAUCGAACGGAAAUUGAACUUUUUGUUGAAGAGCCUCUGAUUGUCAGCCUUAUACCAGACCAUCAAAGAGUGGAUGUCGGAAAAACUGUAACUUUGAACUGUUCUAUCACAGGACGUCCUGUCGGCUCAGUCGUAUGGAGAAAAGACAUGAACUUCCUUCCAACUAGUCGUCGACUGAAGUUUCUUUCUCCAACACUUUUAGAAAUCAGCCAAGUGAAGCGUCAGGAUGCUGGAAUAUAUCAAUGCUUUGUGUAUGGAGAAACGAAUUCAGUUCAAGCAUCUGCUUCUGUUGUUAUUGGAGAUCUGGUACCAGAGUUUCGAUAUGUUUAUCAAGAACAGACGGUGCAUCCUCGUUCUUUUGUAUCGCUGAAAUGUGUUGCUGUAGGCAACCCUCUUCCACAGAUAACUUGGAUUCUGGACGGAAUAUGGCCCAUUUCUAGUAGAGCAGGAACGGUGGUAAAUACAUAUGCUACCACAGAAGGCGAUGUCAUUAGCUACGUAAAUCUCACAUCAGCUGAUGUGGGUGACAGUGGAGUUUAUACCUGCACUGCUACAAAUUACGCAGGACAGAAAAGCCACUCUCAGAGAUUAAAUGUGUAUGGACCACUAUUUGUGAGACCCUUAAGUAACUUUACAGUUUUAUCUGGAAAGACUUUUAUCAUCAGUUGCCCAUUCGGCGGUUAUCCGUACAGUUCUAUUAUCUGGAAAUAUGAGACUUUAACUCUCCCCAUUGGUCAACAUCAGCGGGUAUUUCCUAAUGGGACCCUUGUGAUUGCUGAUGUGGACGUAUCACGUGAUCAGGGAAGAUACAGCUGUGAGGUAUCCAAUGACCAAAGAAACUCUGCUGAAAGAACCUUUCGACUUAUCGUCAGAAGUGGUCCAAAGAUAGCACCGUUUACAUUUCAAGAUGAACUUCAUGAAGGAAUGAGAACUGCAGUAACGUGUAUUGUGGUUGCCGGUGAUGGGCCUCUCAUAAUUAAAUGGAUGAAAGAUAGCCGACUCCUUUCAGAAGAAAAGUUAAAUGCUUCUAUAAUUUACGGCGAGGGUGGUUUUGUAUCGACACUGACUAUUAAAAAACUUGCUUAUCUUCAUAAUGGAAAUUAUACAUGUGUAGCAACAAAUGAUUUAGCUUCUGAUUCGUACAGCGCUAAACUCACAGUUAAAGUUCCACCUCGAUGGCUCUUGCAACCUAAAGAUACUUCAGCAGUAGUCGGUAAAUCUGCAAUGAUCAAUUGUCAAGCUAGUGGUGUACCACAGCCACACGUUCGCUGGAAAGUAGCCACAGGUAACCAACCAGUAGAAUAUCGUACAAUCAUAAGUAGUUCUCAUAUUCACAUUUUAGUGAAUGGUUCUUUGAAUAUUAGAAGUGUUGAAGAAAACGAUGGAGGUUUAUAUGUUUGCGAAGCCAAUAAUGGAGUAGGAAGUGGGAUCAGUAGCAUUAUUAGAUUUACAGUUCACAGCAUACCGAGGUUUGAGACCAAGUUUUUGGAGAAGAAUUUUAAAAAAGGGGAAAGAGCUGAAAUCGAAUGUAAUGCUGAUGGAGAUUUGCCAGUAGUAUUCCUGUGGAGAAGAAAUGGUAUCCGAUUUGAUCCCGCUUCGGAAGCCAGAUAUUUAUACGAAACGUUCGAAGAAGAUAAAAAAGCAAUGUCUAAAAUCAUCAUAGCAUCGGUUGAAAGAGAUGAUUCGGCCAUGUUAACCUGUACAGCUAGAAACCAAUACGGUGAAGAUACUGCGAAUAUACAGCUAACAAUACAAGAUGUACCUGAUCCUCCACAAAAUAUAGAAAUUAAUGAAGUCACUAGCAGGAGCGUUAGAUUAUCAUGGAGCCAAAAAUAUACCGGAAAUUCUCCUAUUACAGAAUAUAUUAUAUCGUGGAUUCCUUCUGAAGAUAUGUGGAAACAAAGCAAGGAAAAUCAUCUAUCUGUAUCAGGAAGUGAAAAUACUGCAACAAUUCGCGGGUUAAAUUCCCAAACUACCUAUUCAGUUAGCAUUCGAGCAUUGAACGCCUUAGGGAAAAGUGCUGCAAGUAUACCUGUUCUAGCAACAACUUUAGAGGAACCUCCUAGUAAAGCCCCGGGUUCAGUCAAGGCUAUGGCACAUUCUUCACAAGUUGUAAAUAUAUCGUGGGAGAGGCCAGAAGUCGCUUCGGAUUCAAUAACGGGUUAUUAUGUCGGCUACAAACUGAAGGGAGAUGAAUUGUAUACGUAUAAAACUGUAGAAACUAUACCAAAUCAGAAGCAAGAGUUUCAGUUAUCAGGAUUGGCACGUUUUACUGAUUACAGCAUCAUAGUACAAGCAUUCAAUAGCAGAGGAGCUGGACCUGCAUCUGACGAAGUCAUCGUUAGAACUCUCGAAUAUGAUCGACCAACGGCACCAAUUAUGAAAAAAUUCUUUACAACAUCAACAUCAAUCAAACUAACUUGGGACAUAACUCUUACUCCUUCUGCUCCUUUGCUCGGUUAUGUUCUUCACUAUAGAAAGGAUGGCAAUCGAUGGAGAGAAACUCGCAUAAUUGCAGACAGAAGGGAUCAUUCCGUUCACGAUUUAGACUGCGGAACUCUUUAUUACUUUUAUCUCCUCGCUUAUAACAGCGCUGGAAAUAGCGAACCAAGUGAAAUGAUUUCAGCCAAAACAGAUGGAAAUUCUCCAAUUGCACCAGAAAAGUCGUAUUUGCUGUCCGUAAAUUCGACAACAGUUUUAUUACAUCUUAAUUCUUGGCGCAAUGGAGGUUGUCCGAUUACGUUUUUCGUGGUUCAGUACAAACCUCAGGGACAACAGGAGUGGACUUUGGUGUCUAACAACAUUAUUCCGGAUCAACAAGAAAUAACCAUUACAGAUCUGAGUCCGGGAACGUGGUAUACUUUACUCAUGACAUCGCAUAACGAAGCAGGCUCCACUGAUGCAGAAUAUGUUUUUGCAACGUUGACUUUAACAGGAGAACAACCUCCACGUCCAGCAGAGGCUAAUGAUGUUACAGCUAUGUUUUAUCGCCAUUUAACUGUAACCGUUCCGAUUGUCAGCUCUCUAAUUGUCUUAAUUGUUGUACUAAUAGUUGUUUGCGUGAUAACGCGCCGAAGGAAUUCCGAACCGCGUCCUCAUACUCCAGAAGAUUUUUCGUUAGGUGCCGAUAGUAAUGAACCAACUAAACAUGAAAAUGUUCCAUUAUCUAUAACAUAUGAUAGUACUCAAGAGCCAGUAUAUUUUCCAGAACCUUAUGCUAUGAGUAGAGUGUCAGUGUGUUCUCGAGAUCACAGUUCCAUACCGGGAAAACGAGGACAUCUGGAAACAUUUGGAAAUACAAGGAUUGGUUAUACGUACGACAUACCAUACCCACCCAAACGAGCUGAAAAAGAUAAUCCUUCAGAAUUAUCUCAGCUUUAUUCAGAACAUUUUGAAAAAGGUAUAUGGACAAGAAUCUCGAGAGAUAACGAAGCCAUUUAUGAGAUACCCGAUAGAGAACGAACUGGAAAAGGAACGAGAGAAAGGCACUGGAGAGAAGAUGGAGAUGGGGAUUCGAGCAGCGAUUCGGACCCCGAACCUUACAACAGACAAGACGAUAUUUCCGGGAUGAAUCAAUCAGAGGCCGAAUGUGACAGAUUAUGGAAAACCUACAGCGGCAGUAUAUAUACAGAGAAACGCUCGGUUGGUGAACAUACAUCUAUGUCUUGAAUAUUGCUGAUCCUGCAAAUGUUAAUAACAAUAAUAACAAUAAUAAUACUACUACAGUUCGUUUCUGACUCGAAAUGUACUGAACCUAAACCAGUCGGCAUUUCUCAAUAUAAAUGUCCAUGCAUGUUUUACAACAUUGUAACAUUGUCAUUGAUUUAUCAGUUGAAUAAAUAAAAUUUGAAAAUAAAAAUUUGAA